CAGGUGUAAAAUGUAAAUAAAUCUAUUUAUACUGAACACAAUCCUGCAUUCAAUGGUCAUUAAUCGUCCUCAUGUCCAGAGGUAAAGACAUGAUGGGGCAUUGGCCCUUGUUGAUGGCAAUUGCUUGUCUGACUUUUUGCAACUUUUUGGUUUCUGGUUCUCCCCUAGAAACUAAGCUAGAGUACAAAUAUGUGUUUGAAACUGCUGGGUUUCAAAACGUAUUGGAUACUGCUUCUGUGGACGGAAGUGAAGUAUGGGGGUUUACAGAAACCUCAGGAGACAUGCUUUACGACUGCACUGCAAACAUUGACUACUCUUUAACUGCAAGCGAUGGAACAGUUGAAAGCGAAGCUGUGAGUUUGGUUUGUAAUGGAUACUCUCUAGCAGGCUGUUCCAGUGGACUACAAACUCCACUAAUUUCAGGGGUUUUAUCAAGAGGCCAUUCAUUUUUUGCGGAGGACAAUGGAAAACUUUACUCCUGUUAUGCAACUAUGGAUUUCACAGUUGAUCCUGUGUCAGCUACUGGUAUCUCAAUCAGCUGUAAUGGACCGUAUAUCAAUAGUGGCAUGUGUCCUUCAUCAUCGUCAAGUUCAAGCUCAUAUAGUACUUCAAGCUCGUCCUUUAGUAGCUCAAGCUGGACAAGCUCUUCAAGUUUCUCAAGCUCUUCAAGUUUCUCCAGCUCUUCAAGUUUCUUCAGCUCUUCAAGUACAUCAAGCUCAUCAAGCUCUUCAAGUUAUUCAAGCUUAUCAAGCUUAUUACGCUCAUCAAGCUUAUUAAGCUCAUCAAGCUCGUCUAGUUCUUCCAGCUCUUCUUCAAAGAUUGAUUGCCUUUGCCAAAAAAGCUCAAGCUCAAUUUCAUCAAGCUCUUGUUCCUCCAGCUCAUCCAGCUCAUGCUCUCUCUCUCCGAUAGUCAGUUCAUGUUCAAGCAUUUCGCAUUCAAGUUCGCCAUUUUCUAGUAGUUCCUCCAGCUCUCCAAGCUCUUCAAGUUCGUCAAGCUCUUCAAGCUCUUCAAGCUCUUUAAGUUCUCCAAGCUCUUCAAGCUCUUCAAUCUCUUCAAGUUCUCCAAGCUCUUCAAGCUCCUCAAGCUCUUCAAGCUCUUCAAGCUCUUCUAGAUCUUCCAGCUCUUCAAGCUCUUCAAGCUCUUCAAGCUCUUCAAGUUCUUCCAGCUCUCCAAGCUCUUCCAGCUCUUCAAGCUCUUCAAGCUCCCUAAGUUCUUCAAGCUCUUCAAGUUCUUUCAGCUCUUCAAGCUCUUCAAGCUCUUCAAGCUCUUCAAGUUCUUCAAGCACUUCCAGCUCUUCCAGUUCUCCAAGUUCUUCAAGCUCAUCAAGUUCUUCCAGCUCUUCAAGUUCUUCCAGCUCUUCAAGCUCUUCCAGCUCUUCAAGCUCAUUAAGCUCUUCAAUUUCAUCAAGUUCUUCUAGUUCUUCAAGCUCUUCAAGUUCAUCAAGUUCCUCAAGUUCAUCAAGCUCUUCAAGUUCAUCAAGCUCUUCAAGUUCUCCAAGCUCUUCAAGCUCUUCAAGCUCUUCAAGUUCUUCAAUCUCUUCAAGCUCUUCUAGCUCUUCAAGCUCUUCAAGCUCUUCAAGCUCUUCAAGCUCUCCAAGCUCUUCAAGUUCUCCAAGCUCUUCAAGCUCUUCAAUCUCUUCAAGUUCUCCAAGCUCUUCAAGCUCUUCAAGUUCUUCCAGCUCUCCAAGCUCUUCCAGCUCUUCUAGCUCUUCAAGCUCUCCAAGUUCUUCAAGCUCAUCAAGUUCUUUCAGCUCUUCAAGCUCUUCAAGCUCUUCCAGCUCUUCAAGCUCUUCAAGCUCUUCCAGCUCUUCAAGCUCUUCAAGCUCUUCAAGCUCUUCAAGCUCUUCAAGCUCUUCAAGCUCUUCAAGCUCUUCAAGUUCUUCCAGCUCUCCAAGCUCUUCCAGCUCUUCAAGCUCUUCAAGCUCUCCAAGUUCUUCAAGCUCUUCAAGCUUUUCAAGCUCUCCAAGCUCUUCCAGCUCUUCAAGCUCUUCAAGCUCACCAAGUUCUUCAAGCUCAUCAAGUUCUUUCAGCUCUUCAAGCUCUUCCAGCUCUUUAAGCUCUCCAAGUUCUUCUAGCUCAUCAAGUUCUUCCAGGUCUUCAAGUUCUUCCAGCUCUUCAAGCUCCUCCAGCUCUUCAAGCUCAUUAAGCUCUUCAAUUUCAUCAAGUUCUUCUAGUUCUUCAAGCUCUUCAAGUUCAUCAAGUUCUUCAAGUUCAUCAAGCUCUUCAAGUUCUCCAAGCUGUUCAAGCUGUUCAAGCUCUUCAAGCUCUUCAAGCUCUUCAAGCUCUUCAAGUUCUUCAAGCUCUUCAAGCUCUUCUAGCUCGUCAAGUUCAUCAAGUUCAUCAAGCUCUUCAAGUUCAUCAAGUUCUUCUAGUUCAUCAAGCUCUUCAAGUUCUUCAAGUUCAUCGAGUUCAUCAAGUUCAUCAAGUUCUUCAAGUUCUUCAAGUUCAUCAAGCUCCUCCAGCUCUCCAACAACAACAACUACUACAACAACAACAACAACUACAACACCUUGCGACGGUUGCAACUGUCCCAUGGAUAUUGAAAUGGAUCCUAAUGGAGAUUCUUACAUUAAAGUUAUCGAGUCUCCCAGAUAUCCAGACAAAUACCCACACAAUACUGACUGCCAAUGGAAUAUCAAGGCGUUGAAUGGAGGACGUGUAAAUCUAGUUUUUGACAGCUUUAACAUCCAGUGGUCUUCUAAUUGUAUGACCAAUGAUUACGUAUUGGUCGGUAAACUUGCUAAAUACACAAAGGUAUUCCUGUGUGGAGCACGAGUACCCUCUGGGUUUAAUCUCAUGUCUAAGAAUGAUGAAAUGGUUCUCAAGUUUCAUUCUGAUGAUUCAGUAACUAAGAGUGGUUUCAGAGCUAUUCUAACAGCCUCUUAAGUGAAAGAAUGAAGACAACCCAGAUUAAGAAAGAAGAGAAAAUACAAUUAACCAGUUACUGAUCCAAGUUUAUUUGUUACAAACAAUAAUGUUUAGAUUUAAGAAUAUUAUAUAAUGUGUAAAAUGAUAUUAUUAAUGUGGUUAAGGGAUUUAUACAUUCUGACUCUGUAGUUAUAUUUAAUCUUAUUUAAAACUGUUCAAAUAUAUAUCCAAGCAAUAAUUA